AUGUCGCACGGUCCUUAUGGAACAUGGUCGCCCCAAGGGGUCAAAAGUGAAGCCACCCAAGGCUCGCAGCAGUUCUCCAACGCUCCUGAAGCAUCGAGCUCAUCCAGAAGAGCUGGACCCGGUGGUGCUCAGCAGUACGGUUAUACCGAAGGUUAUCCGCAGACCGGGUCGUACCGACGUUUCACUGAGCGUGGGAAUGUGAGACCGCCGUCCACCAGUCCGACGUCAAGCUUGUCGGGCGCCAUGGGCGACGCACAUAUUUCUUCGCAGUAUCAGUCCUCGUCGAGUAUGGCAUGGGCCCCAUCAUCGCAUGCCAUGGGAGACUAUGUCAUGAUUCCUGACCAAGAAGGAAACAUGCAGCCGUACCUUGCUAGUCCACCCACGUCUGUCCCGUCUGCAAGUCCCUCGGGUGCUUUCGCUUUGAGCCAGCAAUAUUCUACAUAUUCUAAUAUUCCAUCCGGGACGAUGUCUUCACCCGCUGGCGUACCCUCCCCGGUAUACGCUGAACCAUUCGCUUACCAACAGUCCCAAGCUCGGUCUGUCAUGCAGGCCUCGCCCAACAUGUCUUCCAUGACACCCUCUCCCGUCGACGUUCCUAUGUCCGCAGCGACUGUGCCAAUCAGCCGUUCAUCCCGUUCAGCCCAAGAGAAAAGACUGGAAGACGAAGUCCGUCGUCUCCAGCAGAAAGUUCACGAGCUCGAGCUCAUCAACGAAUCGGCGCGCCAGCGCAUGAAGGAGCUCGAGCGCGAAGCCUCUCGGGGCGGAUACAGAGCCGGUGGGUCGUCUUCCGCCGCCAGCGCUCUCCCUUCCCCUGUCCAAACACCGACCCUUCCGCCGGGCAUGCAGGAGAACUGGCGCGCCCGCACGGACGCGCGUACCAAGAUAUUCUGCUCGUUGAACCGGGCAGGCAACGCGCUGUGCGCGUGGCACGACUCUCGGCGCGAGCGCAGGGCAUUCCCGCCCCGCAUGGCUCCUCCGGGACACCUGAACUGUGGCUGCACCUUCGACGAGGCUCUGUUCGAGGAGAGCCUCGCGCGCCACGGCGUGGGCAGCUACCACCCCGGAGAGAACGUGCGCAUGGAUCCCGCCCUGCGGAACCCUCUGUUGAGACUCCUGCAGCAGAGGUACGGCUAUCAAGAUGGGGAUUUUGAGAGGGACCCCGCUACCGGUAGAUGGGUUGACGGGGAGGGCGCCGCUCAUUGGGAAGCCAAGCUUGCAGCGGGUGCGGCAAGCACCAAGAAAACUCGAGGAGACGAACGCCGCUAA